CACACAAACACAGAGGUCAACCUCGCCGCUUGGCUUCAGGCCAGAAGAGAAGAGAGCGGAGUGAAGUCCAUGACAAAGGAACAGUAGGUUUUGCUGUCUGGCCGAACUCCAGCUCUCAUUACAGAGCUACAUUGCAUACCUAUAACCAAGAAACCUUUUGUCUGUCCGAGCAGGUCUGCAAAGGAAAACAGAAGCCCAGAAAGCCCAGCUUGUGUGUGCGUGCACAAGAGCGAGCCGAGCUCAUUCAGGAGUCAUAGAGUUAAAAAUAACUUUAUUGCGGAUCAUGUUUUGGAAGGAGGGAUCUACUUCCCAGGCUAGGACGGCCUGCCAUGCAGGGGCAGCACAUCCUGAGUGUGUGUGCAUGCGUUUGUGCAUGUGCGUGUGUGUUUUUGUGGCAGUGGCAGGAGCACGCUGACUUCACACACACAAACGCACUCUUCCACGGGCCUAUCCUGAUGGUGUCUGUCCUGUCUUGUGCUCCAGAUGAGCUGCUGGAUGUAACCUGGCUCCAUGAGUGCUAUGAAUGACUCCCUGGAUGAGACACACACCUCUGGCAGCCUCGGGGAGAAAGCGGCCAUAUUUCGGGGAGCGAGAGGCAGUGGGAACGUCGUCGGGCCAGCCUUCAUCCCAUUGCGCUCGCCCUUGCAGCCACCCAAUGCUGCGGUCUCCACGCUCUUCAAGGGGAAUAGGAAAGGUAGAGAGGUGGAUGAUACACAAAUUGGACCCGUCCCAAAUCCCUUCCCAGAAUUGCUGCCGUCUGCUGUCUCUCUAGUGUCUGAGUGUCUGUUACCCUGGACCAAAACCAGUGCGACUCAGGUAAUCAAAGUGUACAGUGAAGACAACACCAGCCGUGCAGUGGAGGUCCCCAGUGACAUCACUGCCCGGGACAUCUGCCAGCUGUUCAUCCUGAAGAACCACUGCAUUGAUGACCACAGCUGGACCCUGUUUGAGCAGAUCCCACAUCUGAGUAUCGAGAGAACCAUAGAAGACCAUGAGUCAGUUAUGGAGGUUCAGUCUGGCUGGGGCAUGGACUCACACUGCUGUCUGUACUUCAGGAAGAAUUAUGCCAAAUACGAGUUCUUCAAGAAGCCUCUUGACUUUUUCCCAGAGCACAUGGUGUCUAUAUCGAGUGAAACCAAUGGAAUCAUGAACCACUCGCAACUCAUACAGACCUUUCUCAGUUCCAGCUCUUGUCCUGAGAUUCACGGGUACCUCCACGCCAAAGAGCAUGGCAGGAAAUCAUGGAAGAAGUUCUACUUUGUGUUAAGAAGAUCAGGAUUGUACUUCUCCAACAAGGGCACAUCAAAGGAACCCAGACACUUGCAGUUCAUUGCAGAGUUCAGUGACAGUGACGUCUACACAUUAUUAUCAGCCAAAAAAGUUUACGGCGCCCCGACAGACUACGGCUUCUGUGUGAAGGCAAGCAAGUCAAAUUCUGCACGUGACCUGAAACUGCUCUGUGCGGAUGAUGAGCAAACCAGGACGUGUUGGGUUACAGCCAUGCGCCUCUUCAAGUAUGGCAUGCAGCUUUACCAGAACUUCAUCCAGCCAUAUCAGAAGCAGAAGAGUUCUCCAAUGAGGAGCAUCUCUGAGAACUCACUGGUGGCCAUGGACUUCUCAGGACACAAGAGUCGGGUGAUAGAGAACCCGUCAGAGGCGCUGUCGGUGGCUGUGGAAGAGGGCCUGUCAUGGAGGAGGAAAAGCUGCCACAGACUGAGCUCUCAUGGUAGUCCGUCCGCUUCUCAAAGCUCCAUGUCCAACAUAGCCAUCCAUGUGGCUCAGCCGUGGUUUCACAGCAAACUGUCCCGGGACGAGGCUCAAAAAUUAAUCACUCAGCAGGGCCUCAUCGAUGGGGUGUUUCUGGUGAGGGACAGCCAGAGUAACCCGAGGACAUUUGUUCUGUCACUGUGCCAUACACAGAAAAUCAAACACUUCCAGAUUGUACCGGUUGAAGAAAACAGCGAGCUCUUCUACAGUCUGGACGACGGACACACGCGUUUCACUGACCUGCUGCAACUAGUUGAGUUUUACCAGCUGAACAGAGGCGUUCUUCCCUGUAAGCUCAAACAUCACUGUGCCCGCAUCACCCUCUGAGAUUUUCUGGACAUCAGCUUGUGCCUUCGACAGGAAACACAAACCAACUUUGUCCUGUAUUGUUUCGCUGUCCACCCUCUGAUGAGCAUUAGGGUCUGAACUCAAAGACUUCAGAUGUGUGUGUUUGAUAUGGAUGAGUAUUACUAAAGGACUUUUGAGGACCCUAAUAUUCACCGAGGGAUGAUCAUCUGUGGUGCGGCAAUGUAGAUUGUAAUGUAUAACGUACUACAUCCUGACACAAACACUCUCAGUGUGGAUGAGACCACCUUAUUAAGCUAUCAAUCAAAGCUAUUGUUUAAUGGCAGUCCGUCUGGGAUUCUGUGUGGUGUGAACAAACUAAAGUUGGGUGCACAUACGACGAUUUUUAUUUAAUUUAAUCUUGGGUAAAACAUUUCUUUCAGCAUGAAAUGGGUACAAAAUUUAACCCUGAUAUUUUUGUCUCCUUUUUGACUAAUUCAUGACCGUUUUAUUGUUAUAUUUUUAUGUAACAUUUAAUGUAAUUAUUAUUAAAAAAAAAUAUUACAGUUAUUGGUAACACUUUACAAUAAGGUCCCAUUAGUUAACUUUAGUUAAUGCAUUAAGUUACAUUAACUAAGAAUAAGCAAUGCAUUUGUUACAGUAUUUAUUAAUCUUUGUUAGAUCAUUUUAGCUCAGGUCCAUUAAAUAAUAUUAAAUGGAAACUUAUUGUAAAGUGUAUUGUAACUGUAAUAUGUUUAUUUAAUUACAUUAAAUGUUACAUUAAAAUAAAAAUAAUAAUAAUAUAUCAUCAAAUUAAAAUAAUUAAAUAAAAAAAAAACCAAAUUGAAUAGAGGAAAUGCCAGAAUAGGAAAAGGCCCUAUGCUUUCAGGACAAAAUCUGACAAAUUGACAGAUUUCUGAAAGUGUCUAAAACUUUGGAUCCAGAAUGAUAAAGCUAUUUGUUAGCAUUAAUUUGGGAAACAUUAGAGCAAUUAGUGAAUAAAACCAUAAUGAUUAAAAAACAUCCAGUCCAUGCUGUCAAUCAUGACCCAAGUUUAGGCUAAGUUGAAUAUCGUACAGGUGACUAAAGACCCAUUCACACCAAGAACAAUAACUAUAAAGAUAGCAAUAAAGAUAUAGUUCUGAAAAUCAUUCUAAAUAUAAAAGAAUUGCACUGUCCAUGCCACAGCUAUAACGAUAACGAUAUAGAGAAACAAUAUCGUUGGAAUUUCUUUCAGAAUGAUUUUUUUCAGCUGUUGAACGAUAAAACACUGACAGCCAAUCAGAAUCCGUUCUAAUUUAAGGGCUCGCGCAUUUAAAAUGGCAGACAACAUUGCGGAGAAGUUAAUCGCCAAGGUCCAGAAAAAUCCACCACUGUUUGACGAGUCAAACGCCCUUUUCAAGGAUACUUUAAAUAAAAUGGAUAUAUGGAAAACAAUCAGUCCCUCGGAAUAAAUGGUGGAAGUAUUAACGAUGAGAUCAUUAUGACAGGCUAGCAAACAGCGUAACAUAAAAUGACCUCAGGUAUCCAGCGCUAGUUUCGUAAACAUUGUUUUGCUUCCUUUGAAGUUGCAGUGAAAAAGACUAGGUGUUGUUUUUAUUCCACUUCAUCAGCUUCAUUCACUGUUAGAUUAGAUCGAUUACACUAGCUAUUCGCUCAAAACAUAUGCUGCUUUUCCACUGCAUGGUACGGUUCGGUAUGGCUCGAUACGGCUCACUUUUUGGCGCUUUUCCACUGCAUGGGACGGCUCGGUACGGCUCACUUAAAUAGUAACACCUCGGUUGAUGUUCCAAGCGUGCCGUACCGAUACUAAAUGUGACGUGUAAACAUUGAGACACCAAACCCGCUAGAUUUAAAUAGUCAGUAACAGCCACCGCAGUAUAAUUUGUUUGCGAAACGACUUGCUUUAAACGACUGUCGCACGCAACUUGAAAAAGGAAAUGUCUGUAUCGUGGUCAGUAGAUGAGGUGCAGACUCGUUGGUAGACGAGGCCAGUAAGGUGGCGAUACUAUAACGGUCAGUCUAUACAAAUCCCACCCACUUUGAAGUGGUACUAACUACAAUGGAAAAGCAAACCGAAAGUAAAGCGAGCCAUGCCGUACCGAACCGAGCCGAGACAGAUAGUACCACGCAGUGGAAAAGCUGCCAAUAUCAUGCUGAGGACAUCUGCUGGUUAAAGCUGUGUAAAUGCAUCAAGAACUGCAGCAAAAACAUGUUGUACACACUUUUAAACCACAGCGCAUGAGCUUAGAAUAAACUGACCAUUAUAGUUCGUUAGUGUGAACACAAAUAUAGUUAUCAUUAUAGUUAUCGUUCUUGGUGUAAACGGGCCUUUAAAAGGUUAGUUCAUCCAAAAAAGAAAAUUCUGUCAUCAUUUACUAACCCUCAUGUCAUUCCAAACCAGUGAGACUUUCGUUCAUUUUUGGAACACAAAUUAAGAUCUUAGAGAUUUCUGUCCCUUUGACUCUUCAAAAAAUUCAUAAAGAGAUCGUAAAAAUAAUCCAUAAAUGAAUUGAGUGGUUUAGUCCAAAUUUUCUGAAGAGACACGAUCACUUUAUAUGAUGAACAGAUUGAAUUUGCACUUUUAUUCACAUAUAAAAAUUCAUCAACUCACACAUCAGUUGUGGUAAACCAAAGCUCGAGCAUGUUCGCUUGAUGUGCGAGAACCAAUGAGGUUCAUUCUCCUGUUACGCAGCACAUUUGAGCUUCUACAAGAACCAAUGAGGUUCAUUCUUGUGUUACGCAGCACAUUUGAGCUUCCGGAAGAGGUUUGUUCUCGAGCGUGAAGCAUGUACGGUUGAGUUACUGUUUAUGUUCGCUGAUCAAUGUUUAUACUUAAGUAAAAGCCUAAAUUAAAUCUUUUCAUCAUAUAAAGUGAUCGUGUCACUUCAGAAAAUUUGGACUAAACCGCUCAAUUCAUAUGGAGUAGUUUUACGAUCUCUUUAUGAACUUUUUGAAGAGUCAAAGUGUCAGUUGUGUUGCUGUCUAUGGAGGAACGGAAAGCUUUCAGAUUUCAUUAAAAAGAUCUUCAUUUGUGUUCUGAAAAUGAAUGAAAGUCUUACGGGUGUGGAAGGACAUGAUGGUGAAUAAAUGAUGAGAGAAUUUUCAUUUUUGGGUAAACUAUCCCUUUAAAGUUGAUGUUUGCUGCAGGACAGAUAAAGCUGUACCGUGUGCACCCGGCCUAAGAGACGUGGUAUAGCCAUAAUCUGAACACUUGAUAAGCUCAAACUGUUGCUGUUUUCCAGGGGUUCCUUUUUAUUCUUUUAAUCAUGCGUCAGAAAAAUUCAGGUAUUUUAUAAUCGACAUGAUACGUGGUGUUUGUUGGGAGAAAUGUUUGCUGAAGAGCAUCUGUAUCCGUGCAUGCCGUAGACGACGAAGCACCACCAGCGACCCGUCAAAAACGAGCAUAUGAACACUUGACAUUAUCCUCUGCUGUACCGCGCCGUGGAAUGUAUCACUUCCUCCCGAUGACAGCGACGCCCCAGCAAUGAAGAGCAUGGACAACGAGAGGGUGAGAGAAAUCAUGUCACGGCAGAUGGCAGAUCAAACAAUUGUUGUACAUUUGAAAUUGAUUUUUAGAGACACGUGGCAGAAUUCAGGUAAACGGUGUUACACGCCUGAAUUGGUACAUUAGUAAUAGUAAAAUGAUCAAAAGUGACGGUUUUUCCAGGAGACGCACAACUUUCAUUUUUUAUGAAAACAAACCUGACAACACAGAUCUGGCAGAGCUCAUGUAAAAACUAAUUACCAAUGAUCUGAUUUAAAUAGCCAAUAUACACGUAGACUAAAGCGUUUCUAGAAAAAAUGAUUAGGUAUUAAGUCAAACAAAUAAGCUGCACAUUCAUGGAUGUCCAAAUAACUGUCAUGGGCUGCAAUUUCUGUUGUAGUAAUGAACAAUUGGUGUGUUUUCUGUGUCCUCUAUGAUCUUUUCUGUGUAUGUUUCUUGUAGAAUGACUUGUAAAAUGAACACAAUAUUAUACAUUGUUUUACAGCUGUGUAUUAAAAGAAAAAAAGAAAAAAAAAAUUAAAACUUUCUGAUGGCCAAGGUCAUAAUUGCACUGUAGUUGGAACACUGGUAACUUUUGAUUUCUGAUGUUGAAGCUUAUCCAGAUAAGAUUUCUCUGACUGUUAGUUUGUUUUAUUGCUGUUGUUAUUAUUUUUUGAUAUUUAGAUCUGUUAUUGCUGUCAUAUGCAUCUACUUCUGAUAUUUUCUUCUACAGCUGUGUGAAUGCUGGAGUGUGUGUGAAUAGUUUUUUACACCCUUACUUCAUGGUAACUGUACAGUGAAAUCUCACAAAACCUCAAAGACUGGGUCAUAUUUCACGCGAAAAUCAAAAGAAAAAAAUUAAGGGAAAAAAGAUCAAUUCUAUUUUACAUAAAGAAUUAGUCUAUUCCCCUUUUUAUUUUGAUUCUUAAAGUGAAAUUUGACCUGGACAUGCUGUGCUUCUGAUUGAAUCACAGUAUAAAAAGCAACAAAAUCAUAGUCAUAUAAGCACAUUCAUAUUUCCAGCAUAUGUCAGUUAGAUCAAAUGUUUUCUCCUCAGUAACUGUUCAUUUAGAGUAGAUUCACUAUUCAGUGUUUGUUCCUUAUUAUUUUCAGUGUGACACUGAACUGUUGUUUAAAAAUGAAACACAUUUUUGUACUUUUAUUUCCUGAUGUUUAAUGACACUGACAGCAAAUAAACUUGAAAAACCUUGUUCCAUCCAAAA